UAUUGGCAGGUUAGCGUUUAUUGAGUAAUUUGCACCAAAACAAAAAAUAACAUUAUGCUUUCAUGUCUGAAAACAUUAGUUUUGUCUAACAUUUCAUAAUAAAUUCAGACAAGCUUAUUAAUGACUCAUUUUUAGUCAGUUUAUUUUCAUGAAAUGGAAUAGGUACAAAGGAUUGUGGGUGAUUGAAGGUCACGGAGAAUACAUCCCAUGCAUCCUUUAAAUUCAGCUGAAUUAAGGACAUGAAACUCUGGCUGCCUUCCAAGGAUCCUUCUGAUUGAGAUGGCCUUCAGCUUGAUGACAUGACAGCCGAGAUAUGCAGCUUUCCAUUUGAGAAGCACUCGCACACACACCUGUUUUGCACACGUCACUCAAACACAGAACCAGGAAACACUGAGUUCAGGGAAAGAGAAACUGAAGUGUAGCUGAGCUGUUGUGUGUUUGUGUCUGUAUUAGUGCAGGAAAAUGGCAGAAGCCAGAAUUUCUCAGGAUGAGUUCUUGUGUCCGGUGUGUCUGGAUCUCCUGAAGGAUCCAGUGACCAUCCAGUGUGGACACAGUUACUGUAAGAGCUGUAUUACAGACUGCUGGGAUCAGGAGGAUGAGAAGAGAGUCUACAGCUGCCCUCAGUGCAGACAGACCUUCAGUCCAAGACCUGUUUUAGGUAAAAACACCAUCUUGGCUGAAAUGGUGGAGAAACUGAAGAAGACUAAACUUCAAAGUGUGGUUCCUGCUGGAGCUGGAGAUGUUCAGUGUGACGUCUGUACUGGAAGAAAACACAAAGCCAUCAAGUCCUGUCUGGUGUGUCUGAACUCUUACUGUCAGAAUCACCUCGAACAACAUGAGAGUUUGUUUAAAGGAAAGAGACACAAUCUGACUGAAGCCACUGGACGACUGCAGGAGAUGAUCUGCCAGAAACAUGAGAAGCUGCUUAAGGUUUUCUGUCGCACUGAUCAGAAAUGUAUUUGCUUGCUGUGUUUGGAUGAACAUAAAAACCACGACACUGUAUCAGCUGCAGCACAGAGGACAGAGAAACAGAAGCAGCUGAAGAAGACGCAGAAGACGUUCCAGCAGAGAAUCCAGCAGAGAGAGAAAGAUCUCCAGCAGCUGAGAGAGGCUGUGGAGUCUCAGAAGCGCUCUGCACAGACAGCAGUGGAGGACAGUGAGAGGAUCUUUACUGAGCUCAUCCGCUCCAUUGAGAGAAGCCGCUCUGAGCUGAUACGGCUGAUCAGAGAUCAGGAAAAGCAAGCAGUGAGUCGAGCUGAAGGACGACUGGAGCGACUGGAGCAGGAGAUCAAUGAUCUGAGGAGGAGAGACGCUGAGCUGGAGCAGCUUUCACACACACAGGAUCACAUCCAGUUCCUGCAGAGUUUCCAGUCUCUCUCAGCUCCUCCUGAAUCUACAGACGUAAAUGAUGAUCUCUUCAGUUCUCUCGUCUCUUUUGAUGAUCUGAGAGAAUCUGUCCAUCAGCUGAGAGACAAACUGGAGGAUUUCUGCAAAGAGGAGCUCAAGAAGAUCUCAGACAGAGAAACAUUCACCAACAUUGUUCCCAGGACCAGGAACCACUUCCUACAAUAUUCCCAUCAGCUCACUCUGGAUCUGAACACAGCAUAUAAAUACCUCCAUCUGUCUGAGAGAAACAGAGUGAUUACUCGCACUGGCACAGUCCAGCCGUAUCCUGAUCAUCCAGACAGAUUUGAUGAGUAUGCUCAGGUGUUGUGUAGAGAGAGUGUGUGUGGACGCUGUUACUGGGAGCUGGAGUGGAGUGGAGAUGAUGGUGUGUUUAUAUCAGUGUCAUAUAAGAGCAUCAGCAGGAAGGGAGGAGGUGAUGAGUGUUUGUUUGGAUAUAAUGAUCAGUCCUGGAGUUUGAUCUGCUCUUCCUCCAGAUACUCAUUCUAUCACAAUAACAUACAGACUGAUCUCUCUGUGAAGCCCAUCAUCAGGAGAAUAGGAGUGUUUGUGGAUCACGGAGCAGGAACUCUGUCCUUCUACAGCGUCUCUGACACAAUGAGCCUCAUCCACACAGUCCAGACCACAUUCACUCAGCCGCUCUAUCCUGGGUUUGGGGUUUUUUAUGGAUCAUUAGUGAAACUGUGUUGAUGAAUCAGAAUAGACUGAUGAGAGAUUCUACCCAUAAUGCUUUGAGCUGCAUGAUAAAUCAGUAACAGUGAGAUGUUAUAGUCUCAUCUUUUCUCUUCAUGACAUUAAUACCGCAGCCAAACUUCUGUCAGUGAAAUAACAUUAGAAUUAAUAUGUAUAAUAAAUCCUCAUAUAGACCGUAAGUUCAGUGUGUGUGUGUGUGUGUGUGUGUGUGUGUGUGUCCUGCUGAGUGACCAUGUGUUUCUGUGCUUUUCUCAACCUCUGCUUGUGUUGAUGGAAAUCACUUUCAGUUAAGCAUUUAGUUAAUAAUAAAUAUUAUGUAUUAAUAUUAUUAUUAAUGAUUAAUUAAUAUUGUCAUGUUUAAUAAAUGUAUUUUAAUUAUAUUUUAAGGUGUUAUUUCUGUUCUCUGACUGUUAUAAUUAA